UUCCAUACGUUUGUGAUUGAAUGUGAGUCUACUUUGACCCCACAAAACUGAAGAUGAUGUUGCUAUGGAAACUGCUGGUGCUGCAGUCAUUGAUGGGGUGCCUUGCAGUGGGCAGUGUCCAGCAGAGUCCUGUCUUCACCAAACAGCCCGGCAGCAUCGUCUUUCCCCUGGACUCCCUGGAGAAGAGCAGGGAGGUGGUUUUCAGCUGCGAAGCACAAGGCAGCCCGCCUCCAUUUUACAGGUGGAGGUUGAACGGCUCCAUUAUCGACCCGGCGUCGAGCUCGCACUACACCCUGUCCGGAGGAAACUUACGCAUCAGCCACCUGAGCAAAGACCAGGUCGCCGGGACCUACCAGUGCCUCGCCUCCAACUCUUUCGGGACCAUCAUCAGCCGAGAGGCGAGUCUAACCUUCGCAUACCUGGAAAACUUCAAGACCCACAGACGGAGCUCGGUGUCGGUGCGUGAAGGACAGGGCGUGGUGCUCUUGUGCGGACCUCCCUCCCACUCCGGAGGUCUGACGUUCUCCUGGAUUUUCAACAAGUACCCAUCGGUGGUGAAGCAGGAUAGUCGUCGCUUCAUCUCCCAGGAGACGGGUAAUCUUUACAUCGCCAAGGUGGAGCCGUCUGACGUGGGCAACUACACCUGUGUGGUGACUAACACCGUCACCAAGACCAGGGUGGAGGGACCUCCUACUCCAUUAGUGCUACGUUCUGAUGGUGUGAUGGGUGAAUAUGAACCAAAGAUUGAAGUGCAGUUUCCAGAGCUCGUACCAGUAGCCAAAGGCUCCACUGUGAAGCUGGAGUGUUUCGCCCUGGGAAAUCCGGUGCCGUCCAUCACGUGGCGGAGGGUGGACGGCGUUCCCUUCUCUCGGAAGGUGGACAUGCGCAAGGCCAGCGGCGUCCUGGAGAUCCCCUACUUCCAGCAAGAGGACGCCGGGAUCUACGAGUGCACGGCCGACAACGCCAAGGGGAGGAACGCGGUGAAAGGCAAACUCUCUUUCUACGCCCCUCCCCAGCUGAUCGAGCUACCGCAGGACGUGCAGAAGGCCAUGGAUGAGUCUCUGGUGUGGGAGUGCAAGGCCACCGGCAAGCCCAAGCCCUCCUUCAGAUGGAUGAGAAAUGGAGAGAAUCUGGAGUCUGACGAGGGCAGAGUGCAGGUCAUCAAUGGGGCGCUGACCAUCAGCCGUCUGACGCUGGACGACAUGGGCAUGUACCAGUGCGUGGCCGAAAACAAGCACGGGGAGGUGUACAGCAACGCUGAGCUCAAAGUCGUCGCGGUGGCGCCGGAUUUCUCCCAGAGCCUGCUCAAGACACACACCAUGGUGCGCGAGGGCGGCGACGUGCUAAUCGAAUGUCGACCCAAGAUGUCCCCCUGGGGCGUCAUCUCCUGGAGGAAGGGAGCCGAGGCCUUGCGCGAGUCCGGCAGGAUCUCCGUCUUGGACAAUGGAAGCCUGAGGAUAUCGAACGCCACCAAAUCAGAUGCAGGUGUCUACACUUGCGUUGCCAGGAACAAGUUUGGAGAGGCAAGCAGCACUGGAAAUCUCCUGGUUAAAGAGCCCACGGUGAUCACCACCCAGCCGGCCACGCUGGACGUGACGGUGGGCGAGAGCAUCGUCCUGUCCUGCCAGGUGACCCACGACCCCUCGCUGGAGCCCCGCUUCACCUGGUUCUUCAACGAGCAGGUCAUCAAGUUCGGCAGCCACGGGGACUACUUCGAGAAAGUCGGCGGCCAUUCCGCCGGGGACAUCAUGAUCCGGAACAUUCAGCUGAGGCAUGCUGGGAAAUACACCUGCGCCGUGCAGACCAAGGUGGACAGCAUCUCCAUCGCCACGGACCUGAUUGUUCGAGGUCCUCCAGGCCCGCCCACGAGCGUCCAUGUGGAAGAAAUCAGCGAUAGCACAGCUUCCCUCUCCUGGAGGCCCGGGCCGGAUAAUCACAGUCCAAUUACGGCGUACACUAUCCAGGCAAGGACGCCCUUCUCGCUGGGAUGGCAGGCCGUCACCACAGUUCCGGAGGUGGUGGGGGGGCGGCGUCUGACGGCCACCGUGACUGACCUGAGCCCGUGGGUGGAGUACGAGUUCCGAGUCCUGGCCAGCAACUCCAUCGGAACCGGAGAGCCCAGCAAGCCCUCCAAGCAAGCGCGCACCAAAGAAACCUUGCCAAAGGUCACGCCGGCAAACGUGAGUGGAGGAGGCGGCAGCCGCUCAGAGCUAGUCAUCACCUGGGAGCCUGUUCCCGAGGAGCUGCAGAGCGGCGAAGGCUUCGGCUACGUGGUGGCCUUCAGGCCGUACAACGGCACCAGCUGGAUGCAGGCCGCUGUGCCCUUGGCCGACGCCUCCAGAUACAUCUUCAAGAACGACAGCGUGCUGCCCUUCGCCCCCUUCCAGGUCAAGGUGGGCGUCUACAACAACCAAGGCGAGGGACCGUUCGGACCCAUAGUGACCGUCUACUCCGCUGAAGAGGAGCCGGUGCGAACGCCCAACAGAGUCCGUGCCAAGAGCCUGUCGGCGUCCGAGGUGGAGGUGACGUGGAGAGGCCUGCCCUGGUACACGAGCAAGAGGCCGGACCUGAGCAAGAGGAUCCUCGGCUAUGAGCUGAGAUACUGGGAGAAGACGGAAAAAGAGGAGACGGCGAGCGUGCUGAGGACGGUGGGCAAUCAGACUACGGCCGUCAUCCAGGGCCUGAAAGGGAGCACCACCUACUGCGUGACGGUGCGGGCGUACAACACGGCGGGCACGGGGCCCCCGAGCGGCGUCGCCAACGUCACCACCAAGAAGCCGCCUCCCAGCCAGCCUCCACUUAAAGUCAUGUGGAACACGUCAAACUCCAAGAUCAUCCUGAACUGGGAGCAAGUUAAAGCCCUGGAGAACGAAUCCGAGGUCAUGGGAUACAAAGUGCUCUACAAACGGAACCGGCACAGUCGGCCCAGCGUGAUGGAGACCAACACCACCUCGGUGGAGCUCUCGCUGCCCAUCGACGAGGAGUACAUCAUCCAGAUCAAGCCCUUCGGAGAGGGCGGCGAGGGCAGCAGCAGCAGACAAAUCACCAUCCCCAGAAUAUCAGGUUCCACCGCUAUGGGCUCGGCUUCCACAGUGUCCACCCUGUCGGCGCUCAGCACAAUAGCACUGUCGUUCACAGCGCGGACGUCCUUAUGACGAACCGGACCUCGGAGAGAGACGUCCUGAAGCUGUCCACGCGCAGUCCAGAGGAGUCCACUGGAGUCGGACAGCCGCAAUGCAAAACGACCAUCUUAAACUAGAUCCAUUCAUUUAGAGAGCUAGAGAGCAUGAAAGGUCUGGGGAGAGAGAAAUGUGAUGACGAUGACGACUAGAGGUCAAAGGUUAGAGGUUACCGGGUCCCAGCCUUGUACAGAGGAAUGGGCAGGAAAGCAAGGCUUGAGUCUGUUGUUACCAAAGCAGCUUAUAAAAAGAGAAAAAAGAAGAAAAAAAAACAUCUUAUAUGCGUAUUUUGUAUGACAUAACUAGCUUUUUAUAACAUUUCUUUUGAAUCGACUUGAAACGGAUCUGAACGCAGUUUCUGGACAGGUUUGUGGAUGUGUAGGAGCUGCGCUAGAUGCAUGUCAUGUACAUUCGUUGACUGCGUAAAACAAAUGGAAUUGCUUUGAAAAACCCCUCUCUUCUUCGAACCCUUUUGAUGUGUGAUGUAAGUCAGUUUUUUUAUUUGUUUUUGUUUGUUUGUUUGUUUUUUUUAUUUCCAGAUGAAGUUUUGAACUUCUCACUCUCCAGGUCAUGCAAUCAGAUUUAAACCACAUGACCAGUCCUUGAUGUUUACUCUCCCGUUCGAGUCAGCAUUGCACUACAGUUAUUGCUGUGACCGCAGAGUUCAAAGAACAGAGAAGGAAAAAAAAAAACACGAUGGUAGAAAGAAGAAUGAAAAGAUGAGUGAGAACCUGCUUCUUAGCGACGAGGGUGAGCGUCCUUACUCCCGCCCUUCCUCUCUCUCUUCUCUGUAAACGCAGCGUUUCCUUGCGGACUCACCCUGGCUACUCUGUUGUACUGUUAUGUACUGAAGACUAGAUUAUAUGGCUGUCACGUCAUCCAUGCAUUCGUGUAUGUAUAGAGCUCUUCUUUGCCUUGUGUGUGCCUCAUCAUUUGUUUUUAAAAUCCUCAGGUCCUGAAGAAAAAGCCUUAACUUAUACCACAUAUUUAUUUUCAAGAGUAUACUGUAUAUCAUUAUUAGCGCAGCUGGACUUUUUGCAGUAGUUCUGGGUGAUUGGUUUAAGUAUAGUUUAAGUGGGUCAUACCUUAAUGCGUUGCUUUGCAAGUAUGUUAGUACUUUAAGGUCCAUCUCAUGAUAUUGCCAUUCACCGUGGUUUAAGGGCAAUACAAAAUGUAAGGGCCUGAUCCAUUGUAGUGGGUCGUCCACCUACGUUUGAAAAUAUUCUGCUGCUAAAUUUUGGUUUUGUUCAGUUUUUUCCUCCGUCUCCGACGUCUGCUGACGACGACGCUUAAGCCCGAUACAGUACGUAGCGUGUAAGUUUAGUUUGAGCGCCAGUAGUGUGUGUCGUACUUUAAAGGGACGUUUAGGCUAGAUUACUGAGUGUCUCAGAAUCGCGCCAUGAAAAAAAAAAAAGUGUAAUAUACUUUUUUGUAUAUUUCAGAUCAUUUAUAUAUUAAAAAAAGUAAUAAACAAACAACGUUUCUAAAGAGCUGAUCUUGGUUUUUACCUGACUACAUGAAACCGUUUCAUUAAAAGCGCUUAACUGUCGCUCUGCAUGUGUGUCUUCUUUGGGUUCGUUCCAUUUUUGCUUGUAGACUGACUGGCUUGUGACCAUGCAAGAGAUGAGAGGUGCAGAUGUGUUUUUGAAGUUUGUGUACAUGUGUCCACGUUGGGGCAAAAAAAUCAUCAAUGUCUUAGUCUCUCCGUCUCUCUCUCUCUCUUUCUCUCAUACAGAAGCGCUUCUCCAUGCCGAUGUGUAUCACUAGAGAUCUAAACUCUUUUUUGAUGUUGUUCCUUGUUUAUACUGGGUCGAUGAAUAAAGUUUAUUAAC